AUGGGGGAGAGAGAGGAGGCCACAGAGAGGAGGCCACAGAGAGGAGGAGGCUACAGAGAGGAGGAGGCUACAGAGAGAGAGGAGGCUACAGAGAGGAGGCCACAGAGAGGAGGCCACAGAGAGGAGGCCACAGAGAGGAGGCUACAGAGAGGAGGCCACAGAGAGGAGCAGGCUACAGAGAGGAGGCCACAGAGAGGAGGCCACAGAGAGGAGGCCACAGAGAGGAGGCUACAGAGAGGAGGCCACAGAGAGGAGGCCACAGAGAGGAGCAGGCCACAGAGAGGAGGCCACAGAGAGGAGGCCACAGAGAGGAGGCCACAGAGAGGAGGCCACAGAGAGGAGGCCACAGAGAGGAGGCCACAGAGAGGAGGCUACAGAGAGGAGGCCACAGAGAGGAGCAGGCUACAGAGAGGAGGCCACAGAGAGGAGGCCACAGAGAGGAGGCCACAGAGAGGAGGCCACAGAGAGGAGGCCACAGAGAGGAGGCCACAGAGAGGAGGCUACAGAGAGGAGGCCACAGAGAGGAGCAGGCCACAGAGAGGAGGCCACAGAGAGGAGGCCACAGAGAGGAGGCCACAGAGAGGAGGUCACAGAGAGCAGGAGGCUACAGAGAGGAGGAGGCUACAGAGAGGAGGCCACAGAGAGGAGGCCACAGAGAGGAGGCCACAGAGAGGAGGAGGCUACAGAGAGGAGGAGGCCACAGAGAGGAGGCCACAGAGAGGAGGCCACAGAGAGGAGGAGGCCACAGAGAGGAGGCCACAGAGAGGAGGCCACAGAGAGGAGGCCACAGAGAGGAGGUCACAGAGAGCAGGAGGCUACAGAGAGGAGGAGGCUACAGAGAGGAGGCCACAGAGAGGAGGAGGCCACAGAGAGGAGGCCACAGAGAGGAGGAGGCUACAGAGAGGAGGAGGCCACAGAGAGGAGGCCACAGAGAGGAGGCCACAGAGAGGAGGAGGCCACAGAGAGGAGGAGGCCACAGAGAGGAGGCCACAGAGAGGAGGCCACAGAGAGGAGGCCACAGAGAGGAGGCCACAGAGAGGAGGCCACAGAGAGGAGGCCACAGAGAGGAGGAGGCCACAGAGGAGGCCACAGAGAGGAGGCCACAGAGAGGAGGCCACAGAGAGGAGGCCACAGAGAGGAGGCCACAGAGAGGAGGCCACAGAGAGGAGGCCACAGAGAGGAGGCCACAGAGAGGAGGCCACAGAGAGGAGGCCACAGAGAGGAGGCCACAGAGAGGAGCAGGCCACAGAGAGGAGGCCACAGAGAGGAGGCCACAGAGAGGAGGCCACAGAGAGGAGGUCACAGAGAGGAGGCCACAGAGAGGAGCAGGCCACAGAGAGGAGGCCACAGAGAGGAGGUCACAGAGAGCAGGAGGCUACAGAGAGGAGGAGGCUACAGAGAGGAGGCCACAGAGAGGAGGCCACAGAGAGGAGGCCACAGAGAGGAGGAGGCUACAGAGAGGAGGAGGCCACAGAGAGGAGGCCACAGAGAGGAGGCCACAGAGAGGAGGAGGCCACAGAGAGGAGAGGAGGCCACAGAGAGGAGGCCACAGAGAGGAGGAGGAGGCCACAGAGAGGAGGCCACAGAGAGGAGGCCACAGAGAGGAGGCCACAGAGAGGAGGCCACAGAGAGGAGGCCACAGAGAGGAGGCCACAGAGAGGAGGCCACAGAGAGGAGGCCACAGAGAGGAGGCCACAGAGAGGAGGCCACAGAGAGGAGGCCACAGAGAGGAGGCCACAGAGAGGAGGCCACAGAGAGGAGGCCACAGAGAGGAGGCCACAGAGAGGAGGCUACAGAGAGGAGGCCACAGAGAGGAGCAGGCCACAGAGAGGAGGCCACAGAGAGGAGGCCACAGAGAGGAGGCCACAGAGAGGAGGCCACAGAGAGGAGCAGGCCACAGAGAGGAGGCCACAGAGAGGAGGUCACAGAGAGCAGGAGGCUACAGAGAGGAGGAGGCUACAGAGAGGAGGCCACAGAGAGGAGGCCACAGAGAGGAGGAGGCUACAGAGAGGAGGAGGCCACAGAGAGGAGGCCACAGAGAGGAGGCCACAGAGAGGAGGAGGCCACAGAGAGGAGGAGGCCACAGAGAGGAGGAGGCCACAGAGAGGAGGCCACAGAGAGGAGGCCACAGAGAGGAGGCCACAGAGAGCAGGAGGCUACAGAGAGGAGGAGGCUACAGAGAGGAGGCCACAGAGAGGAGGAGGCCACAGAGAGGAGGCCACAGAGAGGAGGAGGCCACAGAGAGGAGGAGGCCACAGAGAGGAGGCCACAGAGAGGAGGCCACAGAGAGGAGGAGGCCACAGAGAGGAGGAGGCCACAGAGAGGAGGCCACAGAGAGGAGGCCACAGAGAGGAGGCCACAGAGAGGAGGCCACAGAGAGGAGGCCACAGAGAGGAGGAGGCCACAGAGGAGGCCACAGAGAGGAGGCCACAGAGAGGAGGCCACAGAGAGGAGGCCACAGAGAGGAGGCCACAGAGAGGAGGCCACAGAGAGGAGGCCACAGAGAGGGGGCCACAGAGAGGAGGCCACAGAGAGGAGGCCACAGAGAGGAGGCCACAGAGAGGAGGCUACAGAGAGGAGGCCACAGAGAGGAGCAGGCCACAGAGAGGAGGCCACAGAGAGGAGGCCACAGAGAGGAGGCCACAGAGAGGAGGUCACAGAGAGCAGGAGGCUACAGAGAGGAGGAGGCUACAGAGAGGAGGCCACAGAGAGGAGGCCACAGAGAGGAGGCCACAGAGAGGAGGCCACAGAGAGGAGGCCACAGAGGAGGCUACAGAGAGGAGGCCACAGAGAGGAGGAGGCCACAGAGAGGAGGAGGCUACAGAGAGGAGGCCACAGAGAGGAAGAGGCUACAGAGAGGAGGCCACAGAGAGGAGGCCACAGAGAGGAGGCCACAGAGAGGAGGUCACAGAGAGGAGGAGGCUACAGAGAGGAGGCCACAGAGAGGAGGAGGCUACAGAGAGGAGGCCACAGAGAGGAGGCCACAGAGAGGAGGCCACAGAGAGGAGGCCACAGAGAGGAGGCCACAGAGAGGAGGUCACAGAGAGCAGGAGGCUACAGAGAGGAGGAGGCUACAGAGAGGAGGCCACAGAGAGGAGGAGGCCACAGAGAGGAGGCCACAGAGAGGAGGCCACAGAGAGGAGGCCACAGAGAGGAGGCCACAGAGGAGGCUACAGAGAGGAGGCCACAGAGAGGAGGAGGCUACAGAGAGGAGGAGGCCACAGAGAGGAGGCCACAGAGAGGAGGCCACAGAGGAGGCUACAGAGAGGAGGCCACAGAGAGGAGGAGGCUACAGAGAGGAGGAGGCUACAGAGAGGAGGCCACAGAGAGGAGGAGGCCACAGAGAGGAGGCCACAGAGAGGAGGCCACAGAGAGGAGGCCACAGAGAGGAGGCCACAGAGGAGGCUACAGAGAGGAGGCCACAGAGAGGAGGAGGCCACAGAGAGGAGGAGGCUACAGAGAGGAGGCCACAGAGAGGAGGAGGCUACAGAGAGGAGGCCACAGAGAGGAGGCCACAGAGAGGAGGCCACAGAGAGGAGGCUACAGAGAGGAGGCCACAGAGAGGAGGCUACAGAGAGGAGGCCACAGAGAGGAGGCCACAGAGAGGAGGCCACAGAGAGGAGGCCACAGAGAGGAGGCUACAGAGAGGAGGCCACAGAGAGGAGGCCACAGAGAGGAGGCCACAGAAAGGAGGCCACAGAGAGGAGGUUACAGAGAGGAGGAGGCUACAGAGAGGAGGUUACAGAGAGGAGGAGGCUACAGAGAGGAGGCCACAGAGAGGAGGUCACAGAGAGGAGGAGGCUACAGAGAGGAGGCCACAGAGAGGAGGCCACAGAGAGGAGGUUACAGAGAGGAGGCCACAGAGAGGAGGUUACAGAGAGGAGGCCACAGAGAGGAGGCCACAGAGAGGAGGUUACAGAGAGGAGGCCACAGAGAGGAGGAGGCCACAGAGAGGAGGAGGCCACAGAGAGGAGGAGGCCACAGAGAGGAGGCCACAGAGAGGAGGCCACAGAGAGGAGGAGGCCACAGAGAGGAGGAGGCCACAGAGAGGAGGAGGCCACAGAGAGGAGGCCACAGAGAGGAGGCCACAGAGAGGAGGAGGCUACAGAGAGGAGGCCACAGAGAGGAGGAGGUCACAGAGAGGAGGCCACAGAGAGGAGGAGGCCACAGAGAGGAGGAGGUCACAGAGAGGAGGCCACAGAGAGGAGGAGGUCACAGAGAGGAGGCCACAGAGAGGAGGAGGCCACAGAGAGGAGGCCACAGAGAGGAGGUUACAGAGAGGAGGCCACAGAGAGGAGGUUACAGAGAGGAGGCCACAGAGAGGAGGCCACAGAGAGGAGGUUACAGAGAGGAGGCCACAGAGAGGAGGAGGCCACAGAGAGGAGGAGGCCACAGAGAGGAGGCCACAGAGAGGAGGCCACAGAGAGGAGGAGGCCACAGAGAGGAGGAGGCCACAGAGAGGAGGAGGCCACAGAGAGGAGGAGGCCACAGAGAGGAGGCCACAGAGAGGAGGCCACAGAGAGGAGGCCACAGAGAGGAGGAGGCCACAGAGAGGAGGCCACAGAGAGGAGGAGGCCACAGAGAGGAGGCCACAGAGAGGAGGCCACAGAGAGGAGGCCACAGAGAGGAGGCCACAGAGAGGAGGAGGCUACAGAGAGGAGGCCACAGAGAGGAGGAGGUCACAGAGAGGAGGCCACAGAGAGGAGGCCACAGAGAGGAGGAGGUCACAGAGAGGAGGCCACAGAGAGGAGGAGGCCACAGAGAGGAGGAGGUCACAGAGAGGAGGAGGUCACAGAGAGGAGGCCACAGAGAGGAGGCCACAGAGAGGAGGAGGCCACAGAGAGGAGGCCACAGAGAGGAGGUGGUACCUGGUUCUCCACGGGCAGGACACAGUCGGCGUGCUCGCUCAGCUCCCUCGUGGCCAGGACGCUGUUGUACGGAGACGUGACGACGUCGUCCUCCUCCGAGGGAUACACAGACGUGACGAUCCGACACACUUCCGGAAACUCGUCCUCCAGAAGACUCAGGACCCUGGUGCCGAGGCCGGAGCCAGUGCCUGCAAUUGGAGUCAUGGAUUUAUUUAUUUAA